GUUACACACGUUAACUUGUAACAGCUAGUAACAACAUUUUUAAACACAGAGUGGCAACAGCUUGAAAAGAUUGAAAGAAUUACAAUGCUAAAGCGAGAGGAGAGUUUGACAAAGAUAUAUCUUUUAACCACAUGCGACAAAUGUCUGAAACAAAAAUGUGCGCGUUGGAAAUGUGUAACCUGCAAACAAGCAUUUUGUGAAAAUUGCAAGAAAGGCCAUGUCCGAAAAUCAAUCUUUAAAUCCCACAGUUUUGUGAACCUCUUUGGAUCAAAAGGCGGCACUGCAGAAGCUAUUGUGGACAUUUUAUGUUCUUGUGAAGCAAAAGGCAGAAUUUCUCUAUACUGUACAAUUUGCGGUGAGCUUGUUUGUCUAGAUUGCGUCACCUCGAAUCACAACGGACAUACAUUUGAAAAACUUGAAACCGUAAACGAGCAACAGAGAAACAAAAUUCAGUCCAUUACAUCAGAAAUUGAGGGGAUCCAGAUACCAGCUGUGAAUCAUUUACAGGAGCGAUUACAGACAUGGAAAUCAGAGCAUACAAUCACAACAAAACGUCUUAAAGAUGAAGUUAUCCGUAGGAAUGGUGAGAUCAAGGAGCAAAUUGAUGGAUGGACGAAGUCUUUAUUGAUGGAAUUAGACGAAUUUUCUAAAACUGAACAGAGGAAAGUUUUCGAUUUCCAACCACGUAUUCUGAAGCGCAAUAAACGUCUAAUCCAGGAAAGGGAGCGUCUUAGGUUGCUAGCUCAGUCGAACGACACCCAUUUGUUAUUACAAGGUGUCAACGCAAGUGUUCGAGAUUGGGAACCGUUUGAAUACCCGGAACUGAAUGAUAUUCAAUAUCUUCCAGGCCCUGACAUUUUAUCUAAUUUCCCUUCACCGCUUGGAUCGUUAAUGCUCACCCAAAGAGAAACGGAAAAUGAAUCCACCCCAAAGAAUGUUAGUUCUGGAGACCAAGCGAUGGACAAAACUGUGGACCAUGCUUUCAACUUUUUGGUAGAUGAAGAUGAAUCCCACGGGAAUUCGAAUGGAUUCUCCGUCGAUUUGAGUCGAAUUACGUCGUUGAGUAUCGUUAGCCCCGAUAUAAUUUGGAUUGGAGACAUAAGAAUGAAACGUUUGGAGCUUGUAAGAAUAGCGAACGACAAAUCAAUCCACAAACUUACCCAGGUAAACGUAAACUUUCUGGACUUUUCUAUACAAAAGGAGAGUGAAUGUCUUUGGGUAUCUUGUGUUGAUGAUAAAAGUCUGUCUGUAUUCACCCGUCGUGGAAAAAGAAGAGCAGUAAACUGUUUCCAAUCUCUUUUACCAACAUGCGUUUGCAUUACAGCUGCUGAUACAGUUCUCUUAGGACUUUCAGAGAAAAGAAACUUGUGGGUAGAUAAAAACAGUGUUAGAAAAAUUGUCGAAAUCGAACCACCUAAUACGGUUUUGCUAGAAAUAGAACGUGAUCAGAAUGGAAAACUUCUUUUUACAUUUCCACUUAGAUGUUCAGUGAACACUAGAACAGGUGGAAUCAUUGCGAUCGAUUCCACAGGACAGACAACCGGACGACUGAUCAUGUGUGAUCCAAGGGGACAUCUCAAACACAUCUACACCGGAGAGACAUUUCACAACUUUAGAAAACCUUUUGACCCAACGGGAGUCACUUCCGUUUCUACCGGAAACGUUGUUGCCUGUGACCAUAGUAAUGAGACUUUCCACGUUCUGGACAGUGAUGGAAUUCUCUUGAAGAUAUAUCGAGCUGACGAACUUGACGUGGAAGUGCCAUACAGUGUUGCAUGUGACGGAAAUGGGAACUUUAUCAUAGGAAACUGGCCCAAAACUGAAGAUCAGGAAGCGAAAAUAUUUCUAUUAGAAGAAUCUGUCUUUUCGGCAUCAGAAAUUUGUAUUUGAGAUACUUUAUUUAGAAUAACCAGACAAAUAUUCAGAAAAGUAAAACCUAUACUUG